AUGACGGAAAGCGUGCAAACGGGGGCUGGGGCCGCGACAGACUCGAAUCUGCCCGGGCUUUGGCCGCCGCUGACAAAGACCGGCGUUCUAAAGAGGCUGUCAGUCAACAUCUCCCAGCGCCAACGACAACUCCUCGACGACGACAGUUCCUGGAUCGGCAGUGACGGCAGGCCGGGUCCAAAUCACAAACUUGUGCCGGACAAGGUGCUGGAGUAUCUACAGAAGCAGGUUGCCGAAAACAAGCAACUACAAGCCCCGUCCCAGCCAGAAGAGGUCGACCCACGCGAGCAACAACCCGGCGAUACUGCAUCCGAGGCAGUUGCUGCAACAGUGACUCAAGGAUAUGACCAAGAAGCAGUGGUGCCGGACCAGGCGGCUGCAUUGCCUCCAGGUUCCCCAGCACCACCACCCACGCCUCAGUUGCGGAGGAGCAUGGCCGGCAACGCGUCAGGACCAAGGACAGAUGACGCACCGGAAAGAGAUUUGCCAGCAUCAAUUUCUGACGGUGAAGAGGUACUGGCUCCUGCUCCGGCGGCUGUUGCUCUGCCGGUAUCUGUCUCUCCAGUAGCCCUAGCACAGGUUGCUGUUGCGACAGUUCCGAGGGAAGAGCCAAAUGGCGUGGUGGUGGUGGCCGGAAACCAGGAACAGAACUUGACGGAGCAGCAGCCGCUAUUAUCACUAGCAGAGCCAGACAGUGCGGUAGGACCGGUGCCGGCUUCAGAGCCCCAGCCUGAGGCUGAGCCAGACAUAAAGCGCGAGCCAGAGGCAGAGGAGGGGCCAGAAAGGUUCGUGGCAGUAGAGAAUCGCAGCUCUCCCCCAAUAUCUCACCGGGAGUAUUCGCCGGAUUGGGGCAGCAAACUUGCCAGCGACGACGAUAACGACGACGGCAAUGACGACGGCCAUGUCAAUCGAGAACAUGACCAGCCUGCCCAAGAAGAGCCCACCGAACAAGAUGAGGUCGAGCAGCAGUUCCUGCAGAAGCAACAGCAGCCGGAGAAGCAGCAAACGCCUCGUCCCGCCCCAGCUCGGCUUCCCGUGACAACGGCUUGGGCGCAGGGCCAGGCGCCUUACCACAGCCGUUCACCCGACCUUGGCAGCAGCUCGCCAGUGCCCCUCGACGUCGAGCUCCCCGACAUGCUCAAUGGAGAGAAUGCGCCGAUGCUGCGGGCACCCAGUCGCGGCACUUUCUCAGAGUCAGUUGGCGAUCAGCCCAGCAGCAGCCCGACGCUGAGGCUACCACGGUCAAGCCUACGACGCCCGGUGCCGCAGGAGCUGUGUUGGCCACAUGAGCCGCAUGUUUCGCACGAGCACCAAUCUGCAGGCGGCACGGCCGUGGCAUCUUCAACGUUGCAGGAAGUUAGUUUCAACGUCAACAACAAUGAGCGCCAUACAGACGUGUCUGAAACGACGAGCAUAAGCAAGGCCGCAGCCAAGCCACGGCCGACGCAUAGGCGCAUGAAACCACCCAUCUUUCCUCGAAAAGCUCCUCAGCAGACAAAGCCACCGGCGCCGGCACCCGGCGAAACGAUCACCAGAAACCCCAGCCGACAGCCGUCUUUAAGCCGUCCGCCCAUUGCCAACAUCGAUCGUCCCAGGUUCAGCACGAGCGAGCUGUCCACAAGCCCCAUCGGAACGCCGAAUGCCGUCCAGAGGACCGAAGCCUUCUCUCGUACUUCUACAACACACAGAGCGGUGGAUGUUGUGGAGUCACCAGCUCUGGCCGCGCGUGUUCCCACCACAGUCCAAGACGCCGUCGUUGCAUCUUCUCCUCCGCCACCUGUGUCUGCUUGCAAUUCGCCGGCAUCACAUACUAUGUCCAGUAAAGCAGCCUCGCCCACCCCGUCGCGGACGUGGAUGAUGCCGUACGAGUCGUUUACGGCGACAUACCCGGACUACAAGGGCGACCUAGAGGACUUUUUGCGGGCCUGCUACUCACUCCAGCACAUCAGCCCCGAGGCGCUGCCUGGCUAUGUAUUUGACGACGUCGUGCAUGCUUUCCUGGACUACAUCGAAUACGUGCAGACGAUCGCCGCGGGCGCGCCACAAAACCUGGCGCAGUGGUACAAUCUGCACUCGACUGCGCUGGUCCACGACAAAAACGUCGUCACUCGAGCCAAUGUGGCUGCCAUCCUCAAGGCAUACCCAGAAGAAGUCAAGGCCUUUCAGACAAACGCGCAACAUUCAAGCGUGCAGACCAACGCCUCCAGCGCCCGCGCCGAAAAGGAGGUGGACGUUGUGGGUGCUACGGCAGCACCCCCUCCGGACACGGCUGACGAGCCCGAGCCCCAUGAGAGUAUCCUGCCAGGCCGACCCUUCCCCUUUGAGGCUGCGCAACACCGCAGCCCUCUUGGGUCGAGUUGGCCAAGCAACUCGAUUCUUGACAAUUUGAAUGGCAUCGACAACUCCAACAGUACCGACAGUCACAAGUCACUACGCGACCAUUUCGGCCCAAACCAGAGCCAGAGCCAAAGCCAAAGCCAAAGCCAGAGCCGGAGCCAGAGCCAGAGCCAGAGCCAGAGCCAGAGCCAGCAACAUGAUGUAGAUCGGCCGCACCGUUCUGUUAUCCUGGGUGCAACGCAGUCGUCCUGGGCCGGCUCGUUUGACGACCAGUUGCCCUUCCCAGGCUCACUGCCCCAAACCGUAGAUGUUCCGGAAGGGAUGGGCACACGGGAGUUUUUGUUACGGUCGCCUGAUCCCGUACAGUACACGCAACUGCGUAGUCCGACGACACAAGAGUUCGCCGGCCAUGGCCCUGAAAACUUGAUUCUCGAAACGCCGGCGAGACCGGCAUCAAGCCGCAAGGGAGGCCGCCAAGAGUCCCGAGCAGACACGCCCCAAGAGUCUGCGACCUCCGGUCGUCAGAUACCAUUAACCAAAACAAGAGGCGUCUCUUCUGCCAAAAAGGCGCUGCGGCCGGCAGACAAGCCAGAGCAGGUUAUCACCAUAGACAAAGCCGCUCAGGGCGUCAUCGCUGGCGCCAUGAACUUUGUCAACGAUGAAAACGACGACGACGACGACUACUUUGAGACAUCCCUCCUGAGUGUGAAGUCGGCUGCCGAAGCAAGACGCCCACCGGUCCAGCCAGUAAACGCGUCAAGUCGUGCCAACAAGGAGGCACGCCGUACUACCAUUGCGGCAUCCGACGUUGGUAUCGUGUCGCGGAUAGCAGCGGCCGAAGAGCGGGAAGCCGUUGCAGCAAAGAGAGUGCUGCCGGCCUCGAUGGUGCGGGCUGCGGCCGACGCGCAACCGCCCAAGAAAAAGAAGAAGACCGCAGAAGCUGCCAAGAAACGGCCCUCUUGGCUCAGUUUCUUGAAAAAGGAAAGGCCGCGACCGGCCUAA